GGCAGCCAGUGCGCAGGCGCGCUGCGCCGCCCGGGACUGUGGUGCCGGCGGCGAAGGAGGAGGCGAGGACGGCGACCCGGGCUGUUUCGGCCGCCGCUCGAGGCGGGCGCUUGGGAAGGACGAGGGGGCGCUCUCCCCCCACCCCCCCCCACCUGUUUUCCGUGAGGUGAAGCUCUUUGGCCUCCUGGUUCAGAGCCUGAGGGUCUUUCUUCCUGGCUGAGGAGGUUUCGCCGCCACCCCACCUGAGGAGACAAAUCGGAGCCUUGUGACGCGGGGUCCGCUUGUGUUGUGUGUGAGCUGUGAUUGCCGCUUGCAAAAUUAAAAGGCGGUGGGGGGGGGUGGGGGUAAGCCGUGUCCGUGGUUCCUACGAAUGCCGCGAGUUCUGUGUCCGAUUGUCACGUGUGGCGCGGAGGGAAGGGUUAUCGGUGUCAAACUCGCGGCCCUCCAGAUGUUAUGGACUACAGUUCCCAUCAUCCCCUGCCGGGUGUCUCGUCUCAAAAGAGGCCUGAUCAGAAUCAAACUUGGCUUGCUAAUCUACCCCAUUCGUGGCUGGAGAAAACCCUUAUAUAUCAAAUGUGAGAUAUAUCUAUAUCUAUCCAUAUGUGUGUGUGUUUGUGUUUGUAUUUCUAUCUAUACACACACACACACACACAUGUUUAUGUCAGAUUUUCAGGGGUGGUUCUGUUGGCCUCGAAGAAGAAGGAAUUAUACAGUAUUGUAGACCAGGAAUGUCUGUAUGGCUCUGGAGGCAAUAGACUUGCCCUGUUCUUCAUUUCUCUUAUUGUACAUAAAUGUGAACAGUGAACUCAAAUCUAUGUAUCCAUAACUAAACAUCAACACUUUUGUUUUAAUUUUAUGACUAGCUCUAGUGUAGACUUUGAAAAAGUUUCUCCAGAUGCGAACUGGCUAGUCUCUGUCAGUGACUGAGUUAUUAGAGCAAGGAGACUUAAAUGAAGCAAGAUUUGCUGUGAAAUUAUUUGACUAAAUGCAAAUUAAUCUUAAGUAUUGUAAGAAUAUCUUUGAGGUUUUGUGAGUUCAGAUCUCAAUUCAGAUCUAAAGUUAAAGAAAACUUAAAUGAGGAAAGUUUUUCUGAGAAAUUAUUUGACUAUAUACAAAUUAAUAUUAAAUAUUGUAAGAAUAUUUUUGUUGUGUUGUGAAUUCAGGCCUAAAGUUGUUAACGUGUACCAAGAGGAAACCAGGAAGUACAAACUGUCGGUCUAGUGGUUGUGUUGUAAGCUAGGAAAAAAACCACAAAGGAGGAAACAAGCUUGGUGUACAAUGAAGCAUAAGGACUGCUUCGAUAGUUUUAUAUUGCUUUGCUAGUGUUUGUAGUAGCGCUAUAUAUUAUCGGCUUUAAAAACUUACACAUAUAGAAUUGUUGCUAGGAAGUUUUACUGCAGACUUGAGUGACCAGUGGCCUUAUUCCUGAAAAAGUCUACCGUCACUCCCCUUCACCCCAAAUCAGCAUGUGCUCUCUGAAUAAGGAUGCCAGUUAGAGCCUUUUAAAAUAUGUCUUCAGAACCUACUCUCUCAGUACUGUGUAACUCACGUAACAUUAGGUUAGCUGAACUAAAUUCCAAUCUUGCAAUGAAAAUGUGUCAUCCAGGGAAAAUGAAACUAUUUUGAGUGAAAACAAUUCACUAAAUGAGGAAUAAAGCUUUGAAGAAGAUAUGGUCGGGGCAUUUUCACAGGGGAAAUCAAGAUUAAUGUUUUUUGCAAACACACUGUUAUUGGACAGAUUUAUUGGACCAAGCUGAAUAUAAAUGGAAAAUAAUGGCCAUAAAAUUUGCAUGGAGUCUGCUUGGACAUCUACCUACUUAUUUAAUUUAUAACUAGUUGCUGAAGUACCUAGAUACAGGACAAAACAGGAGGAAAAUCUGUUCAUCAAUUAGAACAAUCUGUAAAUCAGACAUAGUGGGAUCAUGGAAAUUACUCUGUAUAAAAUUAGAGGUCAGGAUAUAAACAUAGAUAACUUAGUACCGCUUAACCUUAACUGUACUGGUGAUAGUUGGUUUAUGUUGGAUAAAGGUUGCCAGCAGAAACUUCUGACUAGAAUCCAAAUAAUACCUUAGAUUUAGUUAGAAUUAUAUUUGUGAUGUGGCUGUUAGUUUGAUCUGACAUUGUUAAUGAGGCUUUCUGAUUUUUUUCUGUCUAGGUUUUACUGCAUCUGAGUCCUAAUAAGUGAAAUUCUAUCAACAAUGAAUUUUAUACUGGUAUUCCUCCUUAACGGUAUCAUUACCUUCUGUAGAGGUGAUUCUAUACACAAAUCAACACCUCGGUUACUCCUGGUGUCUUUUGAUGGUUUCAGGGCUGAUUAUAUGGAGACAUAUAAUCUUCCAUAUCUCCAAGAUUUCAUUAAAGAUGGUGUGCUUGUGGAACAUGUGACCAAUGCUUUCAUCACAAAAACAUUUCCGAACCAUUACAGCAUAGUCACAGGUUUGUACGAGGAAACUCACGGCAUUGUAGCAAACACUAUGUACGAUGCUGCUACGAAGAAAAACUUUUCGUCAUUCAAUGAUGCGGAUGCUUUUUGGUGGGAUGAAGCAAUUCCCAUUUGGGUCACCAACCAGUGGCAAGAGAACAAAACAAGCGCCGCUGCAAUGUGGCCUGGCACAGAUGUCCGCAUUCACAAUACCACCCCUCAUUUCUUCAUGAAGUACAACUCUUCAGUAAGCUUCAGCGAAAGAGUAGAAAACAUCAUCAGAUGGUUGAACAGUUCCAACCCCCUUGUCACUUUUGCGACUCUUUAUUGGGAAGAGCCAGAUGCGAGUGGACACAAGUAUGGCCCGGAAGAUAAAGAAAACAUGAGUCGCGUCUUAGAGGAAGUGGAUAAACAUAUUGGCCUGCUUGUUAAGAGGUUGAAGGCCUCUAAACUGUGGGAGGAAAUAAAUGUUAUAAUUACCAGCGAUCAUGGCAUGGCACAGUGUUCUCCGGGCAGGUUGAUCAACCUGGAUGAUUGCGUUGACCCACAGAUGUACAUGCUGAUUGACAAGAGCCCAGUUGCAGCCAUUCUGCCUUUUAAUGAAACCUAUGUUUACGAGAGCUUGAAAAAAUGCAAUUCUAAUAUGACAGUUUAUCGUAAAGGAGAAAUUCCAGACCGGUAUCAUUACUAUCAUAAUGAGCGCAUUCAACCCAUAAUUGUGGUAGCAAAAGAAGGCUGGACAAUUGUGCAAAACCAGAGCUUGCCUAGAUUAGGAGACCAUGGCUAUGAUAAUGCAUUUCCAAGCAUGCAUCCAUUCUUGGCAGCUCACGGGCCUGCUUUCCGCAAAGGCUAUUGGAGGAAAACCAUGAAUACUGUUGACAUUUAUCCCAUGAUGUGUCACAUCCUUGGCUUGACACCCCAGCCCAACAAUGGGACCUUGAGCAAUUCUAAGUGUUUGCUUGCUGACCAGUGGUGCAUAAAUAUCCCUGAAGCCAUUGGGAUUGUGAUUGGGGUCUUGAUGGUGUUAACCACUCUGACUUGCCUUAUCAUCAUCAUGAAGAAUAGAACACCUUCUCUGCGUCCAUUUUCACGCCUUCAGCUUCAGGAAGACGAUGAUGAUCCCUUAAUUGGAUAGCCUGCUUAGUAGUUUUGGCAGCACUCCACUGACUGUGUCUUGAAAACUGGACAUCAUAGGUCAACUUACACUGGAGAACAUCUUGUGAUGCACUUUAAUAAAGAUCCACCCUGAAUACUGCAGAAGAAUAGCGAGCGUCUGGGAAAAUGCCACUAGCUUAGAUGCAAUGCAACCGUGAAUUCACAGAAGAGGUUUUUACAGUUAUUCCUGCCUCCUGCAGCCCUCGCCCUUGAUGUGCAUCUUGUUCUUUUUUUCCUGGUUCUUUAGGGUCUCUUGCCAUGGAAAGGACAUUAAUGAUCUUAAACCUUGAAUUCAGGUAAACGUUUUUCUUACAAUAAAUACAUUAUCUGGGCUGACUAAGAGGACUCAUUUCCACAAUGUUGUAAGAUAUUGUUAGGAACAGCUACUGUGAGGAUCAUUUUCUAAUUAGAAGCUGUCCGCAUAAGAAUUCUGCAGUUCUAGCCCUUUCAGUUGCUCUGUAACAUCGCCCUCCACAAAAUGGAAAUACAGAUUAGUUUGCCUUAUUGGGAUUUUUGAUAUAGAAACCCCAGCAGUUAGGAAUGACAGCCAGAACAGAGCCAAAAGAAAUAUUAUGCCAAGCCACUUCCACAACCUUGUCCAAAGCCAUAUUCUUAGAGCUACUGUUGGAGUGUUUUCUUAUUUACAAAGUUACAAUCUGGAAACUCUAUGAAUACUAUGGGUCACCUGUGGUUGCUCCUGCCACAUCUCACUCCUUGCAGAUGACCCUUGUGGUGGGACUGUUGCAUUUAAACUCCAUUUAUACACUCACCCAAAUGAAUGGAGCAUUCCUAUGAGAUGGCCAUUCCUGCUUGUCUUGACUGGCUUAGUAAAAACACUGAAAUGUUACCCCCUGCUGUGUAGAUCACAUGCAUAAGGAACAGCUGUUUAAUGGUAACUGUUGAAAUCAACUGUGACUUUUCAAGUAUGCUUUUGAAGUUGCUAUUUAUAGAUGUGUGUACUAAUUACUCAGACUGUUAACAAAUUAGUGUGUUAAUGGAGCUGUAUUUAGCUUUUUUGCACUUACAAAACUGGCACUUUUGUCAGAAGAAAGAAGACCCGCAAGGAGAGUUGGAGAUCUAAAUGUGAACAGAAGCCCAGUUUUGACAUGAAUUGCAAAAACUACCCACCUUACAGGUAUAUGUAGACUUUCUGUUGUCACAAGUUUAAAUCUGAAGGUUAGUGCCUUGGAGAAAUGAGUAUUUCUGUUUAGAAGUGGUCAUGGGUUUAAAUCCUUAGUUCUUUUUAAACAAGGCCCUAAAAUUGCUUAGAACUAUUCUGCUAAUAUCAGGACUGUUUUUAGAGCAGUCGGGUCAGCUGAGUUCUUAUCCUACCUCACGUACCACAUCCUGUCGCUUUAUAUUUUUGCAGGCUUUUUAGAACUGUUUUCAAACAAUCUAAUAGUAACAGUGACUUUUUUUGAAGAGCCACUUAUCAGUGUGGGAUCCAAAAUACCGCAGGCCACCUUCUACACACACACAGGCAUUUCGCAUGUUUCCUUUUCCUUAAAUAUGUUCCUCUGCCACCCAAAAGCAUGCACUGAUACCAUACUCGGUGUAAAGUGCUACUGCCAGAAGGUAAUCGAUUUUAUUUGUGCAUCAGCAGAAGUGCCUUCCCAGGGGGUGGUGUGGGGUUGCAGUUGGAUCACAGCCAAUGUGAAUGUGCUUAUGUUGAGCUGAGUAGUGACCCUGCCCCGACGUAAUUGGUGUUCCACUUUGCAUUUGUUGUGGAAAAUAUCGAUGAUCAGAUUUUGUCAAAGCAUUUCGUCAAAGCAUUCUGAUGUUCAAGUAAAAUAAUUUCUGCAAGAAUUUCGCCUAAAAUCCAUUUGACUUUUCUCUCACAGAGAAACUUUUUAAAAAAUUGUUUGGUCGAAUAUCUUCGUGUACGUACAUGGGAAUGAAUAAUAGAACAGAAAAUUAGGAUACACUAGAUUUGGGCUGAAAAGAGCACCCCUUAAAUCUUUCCUAUAAAUGUUUGAACAUUAAUCAUCCAGAUGUCAUUCAUCAAGGCUGUGGAUUUGUAGCAAAAAUGGGCCAAGACUUUGACUUCUUCUUUUAAGACUACCUACAGAAACUAGGUAGUCAUUCUAAAAGUAUAUCCUGUUAUGAUUUUAGCUCUUAUAACUUCUGAAUUGUGGCCAUAUUACUUAAUUUUACCCAUCACACAUUUUUUUAAUGUAAUGAUUAUACCAGUUAACACGGGUUGAGUCAGAAGCAAACAGUUCAACAAAUAAAAUACAUAGAAUGUUUAUUACUGUUCUUUCCACUGCAGUGGGCCAGUGGUACAUAGGUGGGGAUGGCUGAACAAUUCCCUCUUUUAUUGGGGUGCCUACAUCUCAGGAGAUGGGGGGGUAGGGGAGAGUUGUAUGUAUUAUACUUUGAAGUGUUUGUUUUAAAGGGGCAGUGCCUUAAGUGGAUAGAUAAAUUUAUAUGCAUAUAUGACAUGGAUUUCCAUGGAGAAGUUUUGUGUAUAUAAAAAAUCUUUUAAAA